UUCUAAAUAUAAAAUUAGAUGACGUUCUAUUUUGAAUACUAAUUCAGUUCGGUCGUUUAUUUAUAAGAUGCAGUGCAAUUUAUUUGGCUGUGUUCUUGUGAUGCGUACGUCAAACGCUUGGAACGAUUCUGGCCGGUAAUCAGUUGGGGGCGCUGGCAUCGAUCGGCUUGCGUGACCCAGUCUCUCGCUCCUGAUUUCGAAGAUUAGUUUGUAAAAGAAACUAAACAAAAUGCAACAUAAAAAGUUUUAAUAAGACGCAUUGCAAACCUUAACAACGUCUUCGUAAGUUUCUUGAAAGUUAUAAAAAUGGUUCGCUGUCAAGAUGUAGUCAAAUUAUGUCUUUUUUACCUUACGAUUGGGCCCAAAAUAAACGCGUUUAGGAAAUUCGAAACUUUGAAAACAACUAUUCCCAUUGGAGUUAUCUUACCACCAAAUACAUUGGCAGAAGUAGCGUUCGCGUCGUCUCUGACACGAGCGUCAGUCGAAAGCAAACGUUAUCACUUCACAAUGAAAGUCAUACAUGUUUCUGAGGGGGAUAGCUUUGCUGCCUCUAAAGCCGCAUGCGAACUGUUAGCCGGCGGCGUUGUUGCUAUAUUCGGGCCAACAGACGCGAACUCUGCUGCGGUGGUUGAAGCACGGUGUAGAGCCGCGAGGGUUCCCCAUAUACAAGCAGUUUGGCGACCUACCCCCGCCCGAGGGAUAAAAAGACCUACACCACCUGGAAUUAAUUUGUAUCCUGAGGCAGUCUCCCUUUCUAAAGCUGUCGCCUCACACAUUAAGGAUAGUAACUGGAACAGCUAUACACUAUUUUACGAUGAUGAUCAGGGGCUAAUAAGACUGCAAGAGAUAUUGAAACACGCGGAGCCAGGUCACAAAUGGUUUGUGCGUAGACUAGCAGCCGGCGGUGACAAUCGACCUCUGUUCAAAGCAGUGAAGACAACGGGUGUUACACGAGUUAUCAUCGAUUGUCCAGCAAACAGGAUCCUUGAAUAUUUACGACAAGCUAAUGAAGUUAAAUUUUUCGAAGACUACAUGAGUUAUGUCCUCAUGUCACUCGAUGCUCAUACAUUAGAUUUAGAAGAACUUCGAUAUGGUCUAUCGAACGUUACCUCAAUGAGAAUUGUGGAUCAUUCUGAUUCAAGAACACUAUCAUAUUUAGCAGACUGGAAGACAAGGGGUGCGUCUGAUGUCGAAAUACCCAAAACAACCCAAGAAAUAACAGUAGAAGCUGCACUAGCUAGUGAUGCGGCAACAUUAAUAACAGAUGCGUUUAAAACUGCACCAGAGGGAUUUACUAUAGAACCACAAGAACUUAAAUGUGAUUCUGAAAGUAAAUGGGAAGUUGGCGAAGAUUUUUUGGACUUGCUUAUGAAUCCAACAUUUGGUAUGACAGAUAAAAUGGUACUGGACAAUACAACAGGCGAAAGGACUUAUUUCAACGUUGAAAUAAUGGAACUAUCUAAUAGUGGUUUUAACAGCAUAGCGAAAUGGAAUUCUAUCACUGGCUAUAAAUAUGCUAGAACAGCGGUAGAAUUUUCAGAUUUAUUAGCUGAGAAAUGGCAAAACAAAACAUUUAGAGUAGUGUCACGAAUUGGAGCGCCAUACUUGGUUGAAAAGACCCCCAAAGACGGCGAGGAACUAACUGGAAAUGACAGAUACGAAGGAUAUUCGAAAGAUUUAAUACAUGAAAUUUUAUCCGAAACACUACAUCUCAAUUACGAGAUAAUAAUAGUACCGGGUAAUCGUUACGGUUCAUACAACAAAGAAACUAAAACUUGGGACGGUCUUAUAGGAUAUCUACUGGAACGGAAAGCGGAUUUAGCUAUUUGUGAUCUAACUAUAACUUAUGAGCGACGAUCGUCGGUUGACUUUACAACGCCUUUUAUGACUUUGGGUAUUAGUAUUCUGUAUUCAAAACCGACACCUCCUCCUCCCGAAUUAUUUUCCUUCCUUAAGCCAUUUUCAGUAGAUGUCUGGAUUUAUAUGGCAGCGGCUUAUUUAAUGGUUUCUCUACUACUUCACGUACUAGCUAGGUUAGCACCAAAAGACUGGGAGAAUCCUCAUCCAUGUGAUAAAUCUCCAGAAGAAUUGGAAAAUAUUUGGCACAUCAAAAACUCUUGUUGGUUGACUGUAGGUUCAAUUAUGACGCAAGGUUCUGAUAUCCUACCAAAAGGAUAUUCAACGAGAUGGGUGUGCGGAAUGUGGUGGUUUUUUGCAUUGAUUAUGUGCUCCUCGUACACUGCAAACUUAGCUGCCUUCCUCACCAAUGCAGCUAUGGACGAUUCAAUAAAAAGUGCUGAAGAUUUAGCGAUGCAAACUAAAAUUAAAUAUGGUACGGUACAAGGUGGAUCUACUUAUUCAUUCUUCAAGCGUUCAAAUGUGUCAACGUUUCAAAAGAUGUGGGGAACAAUGGAAUCGACACGACCAUCAGUAUUUGUUAAAAAUAACGAGGAAGGCGUAGACAGAGUAAUAAAAAUGAAAAAGAAAUAUGCCUUCCUAAUGGAAUCAACUGCUAUUGAAUACGAGUUAGAACGGAACUGUAAUCUAAUGCAAAUCGGUAGCACAUUGGACUCUAAAGGAUACGGCAUAGCUAUGCCAUUUGACUCAUCAUACCGCACAGCCGUUGAUAAUGCAGUACUAAAAUUAGCUGAAAGUGGAAAAUUAGUUGAAUUUAAAAAUCGUUGGUGGAAAGUCCCCAAGGAACUAGCCUGUGUUUCAGAGGAGGCAGGAGAAGAGGGUGCAAGUGCAGAGGAAUUGGGCGUCGACAAUGUAGGCGGCGUGUUCGUGGUACUCGGCAUAGGCUGCGGUAUGGCAGCGGCUAUGGGGGGUUUUGAGUUUCUGUGGCACGUCAGAGAAGUGGCUAUUGAGCAAAAGAUGUCGCAAACGGAUGCGUUUUGGGCAGAAUUAGCUUUCGCUCUAAGUUUCUGGGAGACCGAGAAGCCCGUUGUUCAUUCGAGACCAUCGUCUUCCGCUUCGGGGUCUAUAGCAUCGAGGGCGUCCUCGGUACUACGCUCAGCGGCAGAUCUCUUCCACCUCGAUGUUUUUAAAUAAUUCAAACUUAAUGUGAACUCAAAUGCGCUCACUUAGCAUGUUAUUUGCUU